AGGAAAGUUGCAUCAGUGAAUGUGUGAAAAAAUCACGUUUGGUGUAUCCUUACAUUGAACAAUGGAUACAGUCGUGUUUCUGGCCCUAGCUGUACUUGCUGCAGUAUUCAUCGUAUCGCUGCUGGUUCUGGUAGUUAUGUGUCAAAGGCGUCGCAUGCAAAUUAGAAGUUUCAAGCUCGCCAGCGCCAGCCCAGGAUUUUCGAAACUACGCAAUGAAAAUCUAGAUGGGCACAUCAUGCAACUCAGUCCACUUAUCGCACAAGUUCUCGAUAAGAACACCUGGGUGUACGAUGUGACUGGCCUCCUGCAACAUUGUGUCGCUGUGCUUCGCCUUUGUCAUCAGCUCACGGAUCAGCUGGCUGCUGUUCCAUUGCAGCAUGCGUCACCACAGCUUAGCCAUAUGUUGUGCCAGGCAACCCUUCGUGUCAUGCCUCGUUUUGACGAUUUGCUCAGCGCUGUAGCAAGUCCAGCGGUUGAUAUUCGAGUGCUUGAAGCACGCGCCACAGCAUUAGCUACCGUAUGCUGGGCGUUGUAUCUACCGUUCUCGCUUAUCAGCCAGAAGUACAGAGAGGCGAUGGGUGAGCCGCUGCAGCAAAUGGACCACCAUUUGGAUGCUCUGCGCCAGGCAGCUGAAAUAGCCGAGAGGGCUAAUCUUGGCAAGCUAGAACUCGACUGGUCUCAUUUGGACGCCGUCGCUGAGAAUGUGGCUGCUCAAGAAUCUGCCAAAGUAGUCACUGAAACAACGCCGCUGGUAUACACCGAAGAGGAAACAACAGAAUUGAAUGAUCCCGUCACUGAACCCAACAAUGUAUCAAACACGGCCAACAACAACGGCAACCAUCCCAUCGACCCGAGUGGAUAGCAAGGAAUUUUGGUUGGAUCUUUCGCAUAACGCUUCGUUUUUGAUUUCUCGUACACAGUUUUCCUUACUCUUGCAUUUUGUUCCCCUUUGAAUUUUGCAAUUGUACCAAGUACCAGGUUAUGAAAUCGGCUAACAAGACUGAAAUUCAGGUAAAAGUUACCAAUAACGGGAUAAUACUAUACGUUUGUAUGCUAGUGUUAGUGAUUACAGUACUUUUACAGUACUCCUCCCUUGUUUCCACAGGAACCCAUCAUUAAAUUACGAUAUUGUUAUCGUUUCAAAUACCUCCAUUUACUCCCCUGAGUCCUUGAGUAUUUGUCUUGUGUGCGCGUGUUGUUAAGGUUACUAUAGAGCUUUGUAGUUUCAUAGUUGAAUAAGUACAGUACAUUUUGCUGCGAUUUCGUGGACAAAGGCGUAGUAUGUUUAGUGGCAGAAUUGUGCAAAAAUGCGUCACUGUUCGCGAAGUUGAGCUGACUAACGCAACCUGUAUAGAUUUAUCGCCUCGUAAUAUCAGUAACGUUAUAAUAAUUCAAAUCGCCUCCGUUAAUUGACCUCCCAAAAGUGUUACUGUUUUUGUUCAUAGUAUUUGCAGAAAGUCGCGGUUACCGUUCUUUGUUCAUUUAAUUUUACAGUAAGUGCAGUAUUACGGUAAUUCUGGCGAAAACACGCUGCUAUUUUACGGGGACGACUUCUGUAUUUACAGACAUGCUUGUUUACAUUAUCUUUUCACUUGUACGACCUACCGCUGACAAAUCACAUCAUACCUCCCUACGCGAUACUUGGCAUAUUUUCUCCUCUAUUCACCGCCUGUUUCUUAUUUGACAAUUGCUGGUUAUUUUCAUCUAUUUUACCACUAUUUUAUGUAAUGAGAUUAUCGCCCAAUUGUCCCAGAUUGUUACUCCCAUAAUUCAUUCAGGCAUUGUAUAGGUAUCCUGUGUUGUUGAUAUGCAAAUGAUUGUAGUGGCCAUUUUUGAGUUUUAACAGACCAAUCGGAGGCGGCCACGCCCACCGUUGUCUCAGUUGUCCCAGAUUGUACAUCCAUAGUAGCGUUGUUGCGAGUAUGAAAUGAUGGUCAUUGUCGGGUUGUUGAAUGUUUGUGCUUGUGCAUGUUGAGCGCAACAACCUGUUGAUCAAUAAAAUGCUACCAAAAUGAUUUCCGU